AUGGCGUCCGUGGCUGUCCGAAAUCCUAACGCUAAACGCGUCUUAACUCUGUCGCCGAGAAUUUGCUCGCCGUGCUGCCGUGGAUCAGCCGUCUCCGCGCCGCCAUCCGCCCUUGAAUCUCCGAUCCCUACGGUUCAGGCUCCGAACCCUUGGUGGAGAUCCAUGGCCACCUUCACUCGAACAAAACCCCACGUUAAUGUGGGAACAAUUGGACAUGUUGAUCAUGGCAAGACCACCCUAACUGCAGCUAUCACUAAGGUCUUAGCUGAAGAAGGUAAGGCAAAAGCUGUUGCCUUUGAUGAAAUUGAUAAAGCACCUGAGGAGAAAAAGAGAGGGAUUACAAUUGCCACGGCACAUGUAGAAUAUGAAACUGCAAAGAGGCAUUACGCUCACGUAGAUUGCCCUGGGCAUGCUGAUUAUGUUAAAAACAUGAUUACCGGAGCUGCUCAAAUGGAUGGGGGUAUUCUUGUUGUAUCUGCCCCAGACGGACCAAUGCCGCAAACUAAGGAACACAUUUUACUUGCUCGCCAGGUGGGUGUGCCCUCACUGGUGUGUUUCCUCAAUAAAGUUGAUGCUGUUGAUGACCCGGAGCUGCUGGAACUUGUGGAAAUGGAGCUGCGAGAAUUGCUUAGCUUUUAUAAGUUCCCUGGAGAUGACAUUCCUAUUGUCCGAGGAUCGGCUUUAUCUGCUUUGGAGGGUUCAAACGAAGAAAUUGGAAAGAAGGCUAUCUUAAAGCUAAUGGAAGCUGUAGAUUCAUACAUUCCUGAUCCCGUGCGUCAACUUGAUAAACCCUUUUUGAUGCCAGUUGAAGAUGUUUUCACCAUUCAGGGGCGUGGUACAGUUGCAACGGGCCGUGUGGAGCAGGGUAUAAUCAAACCAGGAGAAGAAGUUGAAAUUUUGGGACUUUCACCGACCAAACUUAAAACCACAGUAACUGGUGUUGAGAUGUUCAAGAAAACUUUGGAUUUUGGCCAGGUAAGGGCUUUGGUUUCACAUCACCCUUUGGUAAUAUCUAUAAAUUAUCAUGUUAAAAAAAACUUGGUUGUUUGCCAGGCUGGCGACAAUGUUGGUCUGCUUCUACGAGGCUUGAAACGUGAUGAAAUCCAACGAGGAAUGGUAAUUGCAAAAACCGGUACACUUAAAACAUACACGAAAUUCGAGGCAGAGAUAUAUGUCCUCACGAAAGAGGAAGGUGGUCGCCACACGGCCUUCUUCUCGAAUUAUAGACCUCAAUUUUACAUGAGGACUGCUGAUGUCACCGGUAAAGUCGAGUUGCCUGAAAACGUGAAGAUGGUUAUGCCCGGAGACAAUGUAACAGCUGUUUUCGAUCUUAUCUAUCCCGUUCCUCUCGAAGCAGGACAAAGAUUUGCCCUGAGGGAGGGUGGCCGAACUGUGGGUGCUGGAGUCGUUUCUAAAGUCAUUAGUUGA